UGUCUCCUUCCUCAGUGUCAUACCACUCCAUUGCCUUCUAGUGUCGUGCCACCAUCUCUUAUCACUUUUUGUAUAUCACACCACUCCAUUUAUAGCUUCUUUCUUUGUCUUAUAAACUUCACGCCAAGAGCACAAUGUUCGAUUACAGCAGCGAAAAUUGCAUUCCACCGGGCUCAUCCCAAUCAGAUAUCGAAAUGCUAGCUCCCCAGAAGCUUGAGGAAGAGAAGCAACUGGGCACAGUGGGUCUCCGGGAGAGACUUCGCCAUUUUACUUGGGCAUGGUACACCUUAACGAUGAGUGGAGGAGGUUUGGCCGUCCUUAUCAUCAACCAGCCCUUUGCCUUUGACGGACUACGAGAGAUCGGUAUUGCAGUGUACAUCCUGAAUCUGAUCUUCUUCGCUCUUGUCUGCUCUACCAUGGCUAUCAGGUUCAUCCUGCAUGGCAACCUUCUUGAAUCCCUCCGUCAUGACCGUGAGGGCCUCUUCUUUCCAACCUUCUGGCUGUCCAUCGCAACCAUCAUCUGCGGAUUGUCCAAAUACUUCGGUGAAGAGUCUAGUGACACCUUCCAAUACGUCCUCGAAGCCCUCUUCUGGAUCUACUGCGCCUGCACCUUGCUCGUCGCCAUCAUACAAUAUUCAUUUGUUUUCUCAUACCAUAAGUACGGCCUCCAAACCAUGAUGCCUUCAUGGAUCCUUCCCGCCUUCCCUGUCAUGCUCAGCGGUACCAUUGCCUCCGUCAUCGGUGAGCAACAACCUGCUCGUGCAGCCCUCCCCAUCAUCGGCGCCGGCGUCACCUUCCAGGGGCUCGGCUUCUCCAUCAGCUUCAUGAUGUACGCCCAUUACAUCGGCCGACUAAUGGAGUCCGGCCUCCCCCACAGCGAUCACAGACCGGGCAUGUUCAUCUGCGUCGGGCCCCCAGCCUUCACAGCCCUGGCCCUCGUCGGCAUGAGCAAAGGUCUUCCCGAAGAUUUCAAGCUACUACACGACGCCCACGCCCUAGAAGACGGUCGCAUCCUCGAGCUGAUUUCCAUCUCCUCCGGCGUCUUCCUCUGGGCCCUAAGCUUCUGGUUCUUCUGCCUCGCCUUCAUCGCCGUCAUCCGGUCCCCGCCCAAAGCCUUCCACCUCAACUGGUGGGCCAUGGUCUUCCCCAACACCGGCUUCACCCUCGCCACCAUCACCCUGGGCAAGGCCCUAAACAGUAACGGCGUCAAGGGCGUCGGGUCCGCCAUGUCCAUCUGCAUCGUCUGCAUGUACAUCUUCGUCUUCAUCAAUAAUGUCCGCGCUGUCCUCCGAAAGGAAAUCAUGUACCCGGGCAAAGACGAGGAUGUGUCCGACUAGGUUAUGACUAAACCCAUUAAUCCAUUCCCCUCAUCAUCUAGAUGUUCAUACGCCUAUCUAUGCCAUUCCUACCCUCCCC